GCAAAUUAACGUUAUUGCCGCGGAGCCAAAGUUUUGAAAUUUAAAAAUGUAGGUAAUACAUUACAAUACAUAAACAAUUCGUUAUUCUCAGGUUUUUAUUUGAAAUUGAAAUAAUACUGGAUAUUAAUAAUUAAAAAAUGGGGGACGAUCCAAUACACGAUAGCGAAAACACUCAAACACAAACCCAAAACUCACAAGUAGAUUGGAGUCAGCAAAAUACACCAGCCACAAUUCCAAAUAUUUGGGGAAGAUUGUAUUCUACAAAGGUAUCAAUUAAUGGUAAAUAUUGUUGGAAACAAGAAUAUCAACCUGAAUAUAUCGAUCUUAUACAACCCGAAUUCAGCUUGGGAAGAUCAUUCAACUGCACUUUCAUAAUGAGAAAAGACAAUAUAAAAGAGAGUAUUAUAAGGAAUGUGAGCAAGCUACACUUUGUUAUUAAGAGAAAUCUAUCUGAACUUCUAAGCCCUGCUAUAAUAACAGACCUGUCACACAAUGGUACCUUUGUGAAUGGCGAAGACAUAGGUAAAGGAAACAGUAGAGUUCUAGAUGACAAUGAUGUAAUAUCAGUUACUCAUCGUAUUGUUAAAAUUUUUAUAUUUAAAGACUUAUUGAAAAACGAACAAGACCAAGUACCUAAAGAAAUUUCACAAAAGUAUUAUAUCUCAAGGGUUUUAGGGCAGGGGGCUUGCGGCCUUGUUAAAUUAGUUUAUGACAAGAUAAAAUGCACCAAGCAUGCCAUGAAAAUUAUAAAAAAAAGUAGACUUACAAAUGGUCAAAUUAAUCACAUAAAUAAGCCCGCUAAAAUUAUGAACGAGAUCAAUAUAAUGAAAGCACUCAGACAUCCAUGCAUUAUUUCAAUAGAAGAAGUAUUUGACUCUCGCGAUGCUGUGUAUAUUAUUUUAGAACUCAUGGAAGGCGGUGAACUGUUUGAUAGGAUAACAAAAUUUAGUCACUUGACAGAACCAUUAACACGGUUUAUUUUCCGACAAAUGGUACUUGCAGUCAAGUACUUGCACUCUCAGGGUAUAACUCAUCGGGAUUUGAAGCCUGAGAAUGUCCUGUUGGAAGGUGACGAAGACGAAACAUUAGUGAAAAUUACUGACUUUGGACUGAGUAAGUUUGUAGGAGAGGACAGCUUUAUGAAGACAAUGUGUGGGACACCAUUGUAUCUGGCUCCAGAAGUGCUCAGAGCUAAUGGACAAAAUACUUAUGGACCAGAGGUUGAUGUUUGGAGUCUAGGAGUCAUAUUCUUUGUAUGCCUUGUGGGUUAUUUACCCUUCUCGCACGACUACAAAGAGAUGUCACUCAAGAACCAGAUAUUAAAUGGACAAUACAAGUUCUCACAGGCUCACUGGAAGAAUAUAAGCUUGCAGGCCAAGCUGCUUAUGAAAAGAAUGCUCACAGUGCAAGUCAGCAGGAGGAUAACCCUUGAUCAGAUACUGAAUCAUGCUUGGAUGCAGGACGUUGAUACGAUCAUAAGGGUUGAGAAACUUCUAUCACACAUCCGCUCUAAGGGCAUGAAACAGGCGACAAAUAGCACCACCGGUGACGGCGACGAAAUGUCCGUAACAGCACGGUGGCCAUAAUACAAGUGGUAGCCGCGGGUAAGCGAGCCCUCAGCGACACGUUCUGCGCCACCGAACCGAACGCAAAAAAAAUUAAAAUAGCCUUGACCAAUGACGACGAAACUAGUUCCACAAACAGUUAUUGCUCAAAUGCUUAACUAUUUCCGAAUCAAAGAUAAAUUACUGUGUUAAUGGCGGUAAUGUUAGAUUUAGUACGAUCGAACUAUUAAGAA